CGCGCCUCCGCACCCAUCUACCGUUUUCCUCCGUUCAUUUCCAUUCUCCUACUUCUCUUUUUUGUCACACUUCUUUCUUUUCUGUAGUCGUCUCAGAGAAAUGUCCGCCAGACCAGGAUUCUACCGGCAGGAGCUGAACAAGACUGUGUGGGAGGUUCCGGAGCGGUACCAGAACCUGACGCCGGUGGGCUCCGGAGCGUACGGCUCGGUGUGUUCGGCAUAUGAUGUUGUCUUACGACAGAAGGUUGCGGUUAAGAAACUGUCCAGGCCUUUUCAGUCUCUGAUCCACAGCCGCCGCUCGUACCGGGAACUCAGGCUGCUCAAGCACAUGAAACAUGAGAAUGUAAUAGGGCUUCUGGAUGUCUUCACACCUGCCGCAACAUUAGAGGACUUCAAUGAACUCUACCUGGUGACUAACCUAAUGGGUGCAGACCUCAAUAACAUCGUUAAAUUUCAGAGAUUGUCAGACGAGCAUGUGCAGUUCUUAAUUUACCAGCUUCUCCGCGGCCUCAAGUACAUUCAUUCAGCGGGAUUGAUCCACAGAGACCUCAAGCCAAGUAAUGUGGCCGUAAAUGAGGACUGCGAGCUGAGGAUCCUGGACUUUGGAUUGGCCAGACAGACAGACGACGAGAUGACAGGGUACGUGGCGACUCGCUGGUAUCGAGCGCCGGAGAUCAUGCUAAAUUGGAUGCACUACAAUCAGAAUGUUGAUAUUUGGUCAGUGGGAUGCAUUAUGGGAGAGCUGCUGAAGGGGAAAGUCCUUUUUCCUGGGACUGACUAUAUUGACCAGCUGAAGAGAAUCAUGGAGGUGGUAGGGACUCCGUCACCCGAGCUGUUAAAGAAGAUCUGCUCUGAACAUGCGCAGAAGUAUAUCCAGUCUCUGCCCUUCAUGCCCCAACAGGACCUGGAAAAGAUCUUUAGAGGAGCAAAUCCACUAGCUGUCGAUCUAUUGAAACGCAUGCUGGUUCUGGACUGCGAUGGAAGGAUCUCGGCCAGUGAGGCUCUGUCCCACCCUUACUUCUCACAGUACCAUGAUCCAGAUGACGAGCCAGAGGCCCCGCCUUACGAUCAAACGCUGGAGAGUAAAGACCGAACACUAGAAGAAUGGAAAGAGUUGGUAUUCGAAGAGGUGAACAGCUUCAAAGCAUCCGGCAGCAAGACUGAUAGCCUUCAGGCAGAGCAGUAAGCCUCUUUCUGCUCUGCCUCAACCUUUACUUGAAGAAGGACCACACACUCACCGAGUGGGAGAAGGACUGUGGCAAGCCGACUGUAGAAAACUCUACAUUGCCUCUGCUCAGUGUGACUGUAUUUAAUUGCCUGUCAUGAGUUUAUUUGAGCAGCAGGGCAGGACGGUCUCCACUGGAUCAGAUGCACACAUUGCAAUUACUGGGGACAUUUAAGUCCAGAAAGUUGCUUCCUCUUAUGUUUUAGAUCAGCAAGAGCAAAAUGAGGAACCAUUAAAUAUGGCUAGGGAUCAGCAUAGGACAUUCAUACGAGGGAGCAUCUUUACGGAAGUGAACUGAUAGGUAAUGAAGGCCAAAAAAGUCGCACACUAGGAGUUCCAAAGCAACGGACAGAGUGCUGUCUGGUUUCUCAUCAUGGCAAAUGCCAUAAGCAGUCGCUGCUUUCAUAUAUGGAAUUCAUGUUUAAAGGCUUGCAGCAAUAACACGUGUCAUGUCGCAGAGCAGCUUAGCAAUUCGUCUGCAUACGACUGCAUGAUUUUUGUGCGUUUUAUUAUUACAGAAAAUCACUGGUGCUGUAUUAUAACCAUUAAGACUGCUUAUUGCAUCUGCCACACUGCUGUAAAACCAGCCUGAGGGUCAGAGAUAGGCAUUUCUAAGAAAUGUGACCAACUUUCAACCCGUUUUAUCUUUAGAAUUUCUGCACCGUAAAAAGAAUUCUAACAAAAAUUACUGUUCUCCCUCAGAUGAAAGUCAUCCUCUCUUGCUUAGAGAAUAGUAAACACCUACUGUGCUAUUAAUUAGCAAGGUAUGCCAAAGCUGGAACAGAGUGACUGUGCUGCAGGUCUGUGUUUACAGUGUGACCUCGCUUCUCAUAUACAGUUUCUGCUGAUGGCUGAUUUCUGAUCACCUGUAGCGUUUGACAGCGCUCCAUCAGGUUUCCAUACUUUCCAUGCUGUGUCUUUAACAGCCCUGGUUUGUGUUUACAAUGAUUAAGAUCACAAGCAUUUUGUAAAACAGUUAGAAACAGUUUCCAGAAGGUGGGUAACUAGCUCCUUCCAAACAAUGACUAGUCAAACACUCUGGGCUGAUGAUUUCCAUAAAGCAACUAUAUUUGGCUGCAUGUGGAAACCGGGGAGCUAAUUAGGCAUUUUUCAUGUUUCCUCAUCUUCUUGUCAGAUUCAUGAUGCCAGGGUGUUAUGAAGAAAAUAAUCCAGAUUGUUUACAUUCAAUAGUGACCAUAGUACAAAAGCAGUGGGGAUGUUCUUUACCUCCAUUGUGGGUAUUUCAGUAAUACAGCAAUUCAUAGCUUAUUGCAACAUUAUUAUACCCAUAAUGAUCUUAAGGAACGCAUUUUGCUGAUUACUACAUAAAAUGGCUGACUUCCUCACUGACAUUGCAUCAUUCGUCUUGCAGCAGAUUGGAGUUUUAGUCUACUCUACAAACUUCUUGCUGAGGUAGAAAUAAUCUUGUUGUGUCAAACCACAGUGUUUCCAGCUUAGUACUGAAAGUCAGUGAAAGUGUCAAGAGGUAAAAGAGGAAAGUACUGAUACUAAGUAUUGUACUCUGAUACUAAAGGAAAAAACUACAGUCAGUCAUUUAAUGCAUCGUGGGUAGUCAGAUAACUGUAUGAUAAUUUUAAUGGGAUAUACCUCCAUAUACAUAAACAAUAGAAAAAGAGUGGUGGGUUCAUUAAAUUAUGUCAGUUGAAAUUGUGGGGAAAAAAGGCUCAUAAACCAGGAGCAGACAUAAAUCUAUUUUAUACCUGACUGCUGCACAUGUAUUCUUAAACUUGAUCUGUAUAGCCUACUGUCUGCGUACAAGUUAGAUAAGAGAAGUGUAAAGCGAAUACUCAUUUUUUUAGGUUACUUAAUCUAACUGACCUUCUAAUGCCAAGUAGCAGCAUUGGUAGCUCUUUUAGUUAGCUAAAGCGAUACAAGAUAGGUCUGGUUUCAACCUAGCUAGAUUUUAACUUGGGUUAAAAUCAGUUGUUAAACCUAUAUUGGUUGGUUCCUUCAUGGUCUUGCAAACUAAACUGUGGUUCAUAACCCAGUUUAACUCAACCAAUGAGAUUAUUUCUACCUCAAAGAAACAUUAGUAGCACAACUAAAAUAUCAGUUUACCAUUGAGGAAUCAUUUUUGAGGAGCACAAGAAAAGAAAACUACUGUAAGGAUUUGCACUGGAGUGCUACAUGUAGCCUUUUGUGCACAUUGUCCAUUUACACUGGAUGCAAAAGGUUGAAUUUACAGUCCAAAUGAAUCAAAACCGUCUAUUUCAGUCAAAGCGUGUUAGAGCUCUGAAUGUUAAAGUCUUUUGUGCUUAUGUGGACACUGUAUAUGUGGUGGAUAUGAAUAGCAAACUGAAAAUCGAAUGUAUAUGUAUACUGUAUGUAUGUAUUUAGUAAGUAAGUGUCUUUUGAGUAUAUGGUGGCAUGUGAUACAGCAGUAGCCAUGCGUUUCAAAUCACUAAACUGAAUGUCAACUUGCAAUUUUCAAAUAUUUCAGAUGGUUUACUCACUCAUCAUCAACAGGUAACAUGAUUUGGCAAGUCUUGGCUUCGUCAGAAUAAACACCAUCAUUUCUGUCUGUCA